GAGUAAGGUUCCAAAACCGUGGCUCCCGUUCUUUUAUAGUCAGCGGUUGCUACAAAGUCUUCAAAAAUGGAGCCCUUCCUCCGCAGCCCAUUUUGAUCGAACACUGCUGUUUGGUGGCUGAGGGAAAUUCCUGGGACAUCUUAGUCAAAUGCCGGCCACAUUCUAAUCAACGUAAGAAGAAGAGAAACUGGCGAAAUGUCAUGGAGGUCUACCCCGAUGCAAAGGUAGAGAGAUGUCACAACGAUAUUGAGUUGACGUUGCCCGUCUUGAGGAAAAAUCUCGAGGUUGCUGCUUUUGGAGUUCCGAGAAAAGAUGACCAGAAACGAAUGCAAAUGACAAUCUUUGGAAAAGAGCCCACUCAAGGCUGCGACUGGAAGAUUCGAGUAUAUUUGAUAGAUGAUUCAGCAAUGGCGUUUAAGGCUGUUUGCAAGAAAGAAGCAGAAAAAGGAAACAGACUGCUGACAACUCUCUCAGGCCUAUUUGUGUCCAACAGCAAGGAAAGCAUUACAAUUGAGUUUACAGAUAUGGAUCCAGGAUGGCAAAUAAAAGGAAAUAACGUGAAGGCGAUAAGUACAAGAGAUGCCUGGAAUUCACCUGAAAACUCAGCAAAUUUCCCCCUCUGUGUUUUUGAUGUAAGUCACGUCGAUCGAACCAAGCAGCAGUUCUUUUGCGAAAUAACAGUGACACAUGACCAUGACAGCGCCAAUACCGAGAUGGUGGCUUUUUUCGAGCAGAAAAGAGGCUUAGGAAUCAAGCAGCCAAAGAAACAUAAGAAUGCUCCGAUGAAACCUCCACACGGAAAGACCAGCCAGCUGAAAUAUAUUUUUCGCUGCUUGGGUCCCACACUGAAUCGAGGCUCCAGAGACGCUUUCAAAGAUCCAGUGCUAACGUGACUGAUUUCAGUUCGUAAAAGAACUGAGAGAGUUUAUCAACAUGGAACUAGUUCGACAAACCCACGCUUCCCAGUGUCACCUUUCCUCUGGGGAAACGCUAACAGUUAGCGAUCAAACAAGAUGUUAUCCUCGGGCGUCCUUUAGGGAAAUUUAGGCUGUAUUUGCACGCGGUCGACAUAACAGUUUAAAUAGCGGGUAGAGAAAACGGUUCACAUUAUUUUGAGGACACUGGCUUAGCAAGUUUUUUAAAAGAGUAUCUCCGAGAAAAGACAAUCAUGCUGAAGUCAGCCGAGUUGACAAAAUUUACACCCCUUGGUAAACAUUAAGUUAAUUAAGGGCUCUCCAAUAAAUUGCAGUUUAUUAAGGCAACCGUAGAGCUUUAUAGCGCAAUUCAUAUUAUGGUAUUAAUAAUUUCGUUCUUUUUUACAUGAUGUUAAGGUCGUAAGUUUCUGUGGCGACUCUUUCAAUUUCAUUUAAGCAAACUGUCUUAUGUAACCUCUCAUGAGUCUAAUACAAGUAGUUUAGUUUCCCGAAAUUUUAUCCGCUUGUAGAAUUUGCGAGCAUUUGGUACGAAAUUAAACAUGAGGUUGGAGUUAAACUCGA